AUGUCCGGACUUACCAUCGAUGAGGUGAAAAGUAUAGCCAAAAAGGUCAUUGACGUGAAGGAGAAAACCCACUACAAUUCAGUGGUCAAACUUCUCAAUGAGCUAAAGACUGUCUCGCACGAAACGCAGCGGGAACUGGCCGAUGACGAUGAGGUCGAAAAGAAAUACAGGUUUCUCGUCGUGUCUCUGUUCCAAAUAUUUAAGAAAAUGUUCGCCAGAAACGACUUGUCGCUAUCUGCGCAUUUGAAAAGUAAUUCCGAUCUUCUCAAGUUCAACCAGUGGUGUAGGAAACUGUACGACUCUUUCAAGACCCAACUGUUGAAGAUUUUGUCGGACUUUACCCUGGAAACAUCGCUCGCUUUAGACUCCCUCGAUCUGUACGUGCAACUACUCGAAUUGGAAUCGACCUAUUUCGCUACCUCUAAGGACGCGCCGUUCUUUGCUAACAAGACUUUGAAGAAGUUGAUCAUCGCGCUGUGGAGCUCUAAGAUGGACGACACAUCUCUCGAUAUAGAUCGGGUGACUGGCCAGUCGCAAAAUUUUCUUCUUUUGGAGUUUGUGGAGAAGUACUACAAACCGUAUGUCGAUAUACAGUACUACUUCCAGACUGAACUGAACCAGUUGCUUUCGUCGGACGAGGCAGAACUCGAUUUAACCUCAGAAAAUUGUACCGCGAAAUGGCUCGCUUUGGUGAACCACGAUAACCACUGCUCAAACGAAGAUGCAGACUUGGAAAUGUUUGUGAGUAACCCACCAAAGGCUGUGGAAAACGAUACAAAAUUUAAGUCACUGAUGGAGAAAAACUGGUUGUUUUACUUGGGUGGUAACAUGUCCUCCACUCAAUACAAGACCGUCCUGUUAAUCCUACACAAGAGAAUCAUUCCACACUUCCAUACCCCAACAAGGUUGAUGGAUUUCUUGACUGAUUCUUACAGCAUCAUAGACGCAACUGCUGGUGUCAUUCCAAUCCUGGCACUAAACGGCCUGUUCGAACUAAUAAAAAAAUAUAACCUGGAAUACCCAAAUUUUUACCAAAAACUUUACCAGCUUUUGACACCCGACUUAAUGCACGUCAAGUACAGGGCUAGAUUUUUCCGGUUGAUGGACGUUUUCUUAUCUUCUACGCAUGUAUCGGUCAACCUGAUAGCAUCUUUCAUAAAAAAAUUGGCCAGAUUAUCCCUAACGGCACCUCCAGCUGCAAUCGUUUCCAUCAUUCCAUUCAUAUACAAUCUGCUAAAGAAGCAUCCAAACUGUAUGAUCAUGAUCCAUAACCCGAAAUUCAUAUCCAACGCAUUUCACACCGUCGAGGAACAGCAACUUCAAAGAACAUUAAAGGCACAAUACCAGGACCCCUUCAACGUGGAUGAGCCAAACCCGGAACUGACAAACGCAUUCGGUUCAUCGCUUUGGGAAUUGGCCACUUUGAUGAACCAUUAUCAUCCGAACGUUGCUUCAUUGGCUAAAAUCUUCGGUCAACCGUUCAGGAAAUUGAACUACAAUAUGGAGGAUUUUUUGGAUUGGAGUUACGACUCGUUACUGGCUGCAGAAUCCAACAGAAACUUAAAAGUUUUGCCCACUCUAGAAUUCGAGACUUUCGAUUCGGUAUUUAACGAAACGGAGGGCAAAAAUGCAUACUUGCAAAAUAUAACCUGGUAA